AUGACUUGCUCAGAAUUAACGAAUGAUCAAAUCAUAGAUCUAAUAUCGAAUUAUAAGACUUUUAAAAGAAUUAUAGAGGCUUCUCUGCCAGAAGAUGACAGAAGAAGGAACCUAAACAGCCGAAAUAAUGAUAAAAACCUGUCUAAAUUAUCGAAUGUACAAUUUUGGGAACUAGCGACUGAUGUCAACAAUGAAUUGAUGAAAAGAUUGACAAACUCGAAUAUGGAUGUAUCACAAAACGAUCUUGAUCUGAAAAGAGGAAAAGCACAAUCUAAACUAUCUCGAUUGAACGAUAUAAAGUUCCAUAAAUUAAUUUUUGAUAUUUUCACCGAAAUUGAAAAGAGAAAUUUACAUCAUUUAGAUGUGAUGACGCAUGCCAAUACGUUAGACAAGGGCGAACUCAAUUUCUAUUUAAAUGAUUCAUUGUUUGAAUCUGUAAAUAUAAACGAUGAUUUUAUGAGCGUAGACGGUAUCAUUUCCAUUGAAGCCUUCCGAGAGUUACGAACUCAUUUUGCAGUUUACUUUCAAAAUACGCUCCAACGAACUCAUCCUGUAGAUGCCACCGCCAAGCGUCUACCAGUUCUCCUAGAGACUGUAAUUAAGAUAGCAAAGUUGAUAGGAGAUCUCUUACCUCUCUUAUCAUCAGUUUCACUCCACGAUUCUUUAGAAAACGAAAUAGUGUACCUGAAAAGCGCUCUAUCUCAUGCCAUCACUUCAACAAGAUAUUCUCUUGCAUAUGAAGACCUAAUACCACGAAUUGUGACUCAAUCCUCUAUUUCGGAAGUGAUAUUUGCAUUUUGCAAUAUUGCUCAGAUUGUAAAGAUCAAACCCACUUCAUCAUCCCAUGGUGCAUUGAGUAAUGAAAGAGAACUCAGUGAUACCGAGACAGAUAUGAAACCAUUGAAGAUUAUUGAGAAAGUAAAAAAUGAGAAAAAAGGUAAAAAUAAAGCAUCCAUGGGUAAUAACACUGGUUCCCCUGUUAGUAUUUCAUCUUCUGAUAAAGUCAUUAUGGAAAAAUUGGACAUAGCGGCGAUUGAAGCAUCGCCGCCACAUUCCAUCAUUGAAAAAUCCAAUUCUCCUGUUGGAAAGAGUACGCUGGCACGAAAUAAUGCAUCUGGAGAAAGAGAUCCAGGGUUUGUGUCACUAGUGAAAAAUACUACGGAUACUCCAAGGGCUACGACUGAGCCAUCCUUACGAGAUAGCUUGGCUCUGAAAGUUCCUUCGAAUUUGAGUAGUUCAAGUUCUCAGAGCAGAGCUCUAUCGCUAAUUGGUAAAUUUCGACAGGAUUAUCAGUCAUCACCGCCAAAGAAAGCUACCAAUAAGCCAGCCGUUGGAACGGCCAAGCCGUAUACAAAUAUCCCGCCAACUGUAGAUGUACUUCGAUCGCCAGUCGUGGCCAAAAUGAGAAGAUUUAGAGAAAAAGUGCAGAAAUUCGGGCCUAACUCUGGUCUUGGAUUAAGAAUAUCUACAUCGGAAGAAGACGUGAAGAAUUCUAAUGUCAAGCUAAUCGCACAUAACGCUAGCAUAAAUAACCUUGUCGAAUUUGUGGAAAUUAAAGCAAAAAUUGUUCUUCCUUUGGCACAGGAAAUUUUGAAUGAUAUUCAGGCUUGCAAAUCGAAGGCGUUCAAGACUUCAGGAUCUAUUCCGAGCCUGUGUCAAGAUUCCAUCAAAAUUAUUCCUAUUCUGGAAUCGCUGGUCGAUAUGACUGCAAAAGUAAUCGUCCAAAAAGACUUUAAACGGGAUUUCAGCAGGCAUAGUGAAGAAAUUGUUGAAGGGCUUACAGACUGCUCGCAAAGGUUAUCAGAACUCUGUACUAAUGAAUGCAAUUCCACAAAUUUUAGCAGUAAACGAUUCUAUCAAAAAUUAGCAGAAAUCCUGUUGGACAUAACUAAGCGCACCAAGAAAUUGGUUAAAUGUGUGGAGAUGGCGAAUGAGCAGACCCUUUCAUAA